GUUUACAAAACAUUGCGAUCAGACGAUUCCGUCAGUUCCUGAGGAGAUUUACGACGUAGAAACUUCAUAUAGGACUCUAACAUACGAUGCUGUUUUGACAUUUUGUUGUUUUACAGGAUAAAUAAUCAAACUUAUGAUAGAGGAGAGUGGCAGACCAUUUUUUUCUAGAGCAUUUGAUCAUUGAUGACUGGUACAAAUCUGACAGGAGAUAUGAAGACAAUAUUCAUGUGAUGUAUGUGUGUAGGACACUGUGACUCUGGAAGAUUACAAAUGACAAGAACAAACCUGAAGAACCAUCAUGAAAUCAAUUGAUACAUGUGAUAAGUGUAAAAUUAAUUAACAAAGAAACUCAGUUCAAGGGGAGUUAACCUUGAGUGACAAUGAGCAGCAAUCACAUUGAUCUGCUGGAGGCGGUUCACGCAGGUGACGAGGGGCGGGUCCUGAGCCUGCUGAUGAUUGGCUGUGACCAAUCAAUGAUGGACUCCGCCCUCUGCUGGGCGAGUCGCUAUGAUAAUGUGAAGAUCCUGGACCACCUGUUAAGAGCUGGGGCCGAUGUGAACGGGGAGGUGUGGGGAGGGUUCACUCCCCUUAUCUGGGCGGCCAUGUUCUCCUCAAACCCAGAGGUUUUACAGAUUCUUUUGCAGGCUGGGAGCCACAUCAAUCACGCAUCUGCUAGGUACCGCCAGACAGCGCUACAUGCUGCGGUGAUCAGGGGCCAUGUGGCGUUCACAAGUCUACUGCUGGAGGCCGGGGCCCAGCCGGACGUACAGGACCGCAUGUUCAAAACACCGCUCCUCCACGCGGUGCAGAAGAGUCAGCCGUCUUGCGCUGCGCUGCUGAUCAAACACAACUGUAAUGUGGAGCUGUCUGGUUGGGUCAAUGGACUGAGCACCACCCCGCUCACCCUGGCCCUCAUACAGGAGGAUCUGGAGAUCACCAAGAUGCUGCUGCUGGCUGGGGCACGAUUCAACAACCCGGCCGUCUACCACUCCUAUACCAUCACUCAGUACUACAAGACUGUGGAGGACACCCUCAACAUAGAGGUCCGGCCCGUAUACUUACAGCAGCAGUGCCGUGUCUGUAUACGCCAGCUGCUCAGACCUCACUUCCUACAGAAACUUAGGGAGCUCACUCUACCACGACCGUUAAAAUCGUUCAUCGAAAUCUCAGAACUCGAUAAAAUCAAUGAAUCCAUGUAAUGCUAAAAUUAUUGAACUGAAUGAUGACAAUACUUAUACCGGUAGUCAAAGUGUGUCAAGUGUCAGUUACAACUGAAAAAUGAUAAUACUUAUAGUCAAAGUGUGUCAAGAGUCAGUUACACAAAAUCAUUUUACAGAUUGUUCUUGUCGAUGAAAUGUUACUUUUUAAUUCUUUGAGAUAGAGCUUCCUUAUUUUAUAAGUACAUGAAAGUCUUAUUGUUUAUGACCUUUAAAAAAAAUGUCCUUAUAAAGCACUGGUUUGACUGACAUACCAGUCUAUAUGUUUUUGUGGAUUUUAUUGUUGUCCUUGAAUUUGUUUACAAAUUUAAUUGUUCAUUAUAUUUCAGAAGAUGU